AUGGCUACCGAAGGCGACUCCCCCGCGCGACCCCGCGUCUUCUUCGAUAUCUCGCUCGGCGGCAAGCCCGUCGGCCGUAUCACCAUGGAACUCUAUGCCGACCUUGUCCCCAAGACCGCUGAGAACUUCCGUGCUCUCUGCACCGGCGAGAAGGGCAUCGGCAAGUCAGGAAAGCCCCUGCACUACAAGGGCUCCAUCUUCCAUCGCGUCAUCAAGCAGUUCAUGAUCCAAGGUGGUGACUUUACUGCUGGUGAUGGCACCGGCGGAGAGUCCAUCUACGGCAACAAGUUUGACGAUGAAGCUUUCCCCAUGAAGCAUGAGAAGCCGUUCCUCUUGUCCAUGGCCAAUGCUGGUCCCAACACCAACGGCUCCCAGUUCUUCAUAACCACCGUUCCUACCCCUCACCUCGACGGCAAGCACGUCGUUUUCGGCGAGGUACUUAACGGCAAGUCCGUCGUUCGACAGAUCGAGAACCUUACCACCCAGUCCGGCGACCGUCCCGCAAAGGAGGCUCUCAUUGCCGACUGCGGCGAGCUCAAGGGUGACGCCGCCGUCGCUGCCGACGUAAAGCAGCCCGACGCCCUCGGCGACCCAUACGAGGACUUCCCCGAAGAUUGCACGGACACUCUCGAUGCCGUCGCCAUCGUCAAGAUCGCUACGGCCUGCAAGGAGUAUGGCAACACUGCCUUUAAGUCAGGCAACUAUUCUCUUGGCCUCGACAAGUACCAGAAGGGUCUGCGCUACCUUAACGAGGACCCUGAUCUUGAGAACCAACCGCAAUCAAUCAAGGAUGACCUCAAGGCUCUGCGCUUCUCCCUCAACAACAACUCGGCGCUCCUGAACAUCAAGCUAGAGGCUUGGGACGACGCUUCUCGCUCCGCUUCGGCUGCCCUGGACGUCGAAGGCGUUAAGGACGCCGACCGUGCAAAGGCUCUCUAUCGCCGUGGCCUUGCCAACAUCCGCCUCAAGGACGAGGAGGCUGCUCUGCGUGACCUGAGCGAGGCUAACACCCUUGCGCCCAACGAUAGCGCCAUCACCCGGGAGCUCAACGCCGUCCGAACCAAGGCUGCUGCUCGCGCUGCCAAGGAGAAGGCUGCCUACAAGAAGUUCUUCGCCUAA